AACCAGCGUUCUCCACUCCCUGGCUACUAACCAGGUCAAGCGUAGCGUGGCUCCCACCGAGGGCUUCAAUGCCAUCUGCAUCAACACCGAAGAGUCCCAGAUGGAGUUCCUGGAGAUCGGGGGCAGUGAAUCUCUGCGUUCAUACUGGAAGAUGUACCUGCCCAAAGUGCUGUUGCUAAUCUAUGUCGUGGACUCGGCCGAUCAUGCCCGACUGCCUGUGGCGAAACAGCUGCUUCAUCAACUGAUCCAGAACAACUCCACCCUGCCGGUGGUGGUUCUGGCCAACAAGCAGGACCUCGAAGGUGCUUAUUGCAUCACCGAUAUCCACGAUGCUCUGGCACUGUCUGAUAUUGGGGACAAGAGGAAGAUGUUCUUGAUUGGUACCCACGUGGCAGAGGAUGGCUCCGAGAUCUCCUCCAGCAUGAAGGAUGCCAAGGAGCUGAUAGCGCAGCUGGUUUUGGAAACACAGUCGGGUGAGGAAGGUGAGCUGCUGACGAGCGUCACCCUCCCAGUGUCCUCGUCGUUGCACUCCAAGAGCGCGAUCUGGGAUCCGGGCGGUUCUGUAAAGGACCCAUUCUGCAACCGCAUUUAUUUUUCUUGUUACUUGUCUGCACGCUCACACGACAGGAUACGAGAACUUGCAGAACCCAAGAAAGCAGCUUGUGCAAACGUUCCCAAGCUCAUAUGGGGAAACCAAGAGACCAUCUGGACCCUCUCGCGAGGUGCUGUGACAGCUCAACCAUCCCCAAGGAUAGUGGCACUGGCCAGGCCCAAGCAAGAUUUUGGCAAGCACCAGUGCAGGUCAGUGAUCUGUGGACGAGAAUCAACGACCUGGGAGUGUCCCCCGGUAGUGAAUUUUGGCUUCCCUUCUGAUCGUCUGCUGAAGUUGUCUGAACCUAAAAAAUACCAGGCUGCUUACCUGCAGCAAAGACCUUGCCAGUCCCCUGAGUGGCCCGUGUCGCCAGCUGCACUGAGCUAUAAGGCCUCCCCACGGAUCCUGGAGCUUGCUCGGCCGAAGGUGCUGCACCCAGAGUUCCUGCUGGCCAGAGAGGUGCCAACACAGGUUACAAAUGUCGCGGCCUUGGCCAGAGCAUCCUCACGGUUACAGCGUCUUGCAGAGCCCCGUGUCAGGAAGGUGACCUGCUGCUACGAGCACAGCUUUCCUGAAUCUGUCAUCCGUCCGGUUUCCAAGUUGGCUCAGGAGGCAAUUGCGAGCCCUCGGACCCUGGAGCUGGCUAGGGCAAAAGGAUUGCAUCCUGACUACGUGCCCCUGCGGGAUGCUGAGUGGCCAGUGACGAAGGCUGCAAAGCACGCAGUGGCCACACCAAGGCUCGUGGAACUGGCUCAGCCUUGCAAAAGGCCUCCUAUGGGCUUGGCUCAAUUCAACCCAGACGCGUUCACAGUGAAGGAAACUGCUAAGAAGGCAACUUGUUCUGCUCGGAUCCAAGACCUGGCUCGUCCAAUUAAGCACUGA